AUGGAUGGGGUGCUAAGUCUUUGCAAUUUGCGGCCCGAAACUGGUGAGGAAGGAACUGCAGAGCUUAUAGCGAUAACAGUCUUUGGUAGAGGAAACUAUGUUUAUGUGACAGAUAGAAAUGCCGUCUAUUUAGUGACAUCAAAUGUAGUAGAAAAUGUAACCCUUUGCAACUUUCUCUGUAGGCUUCAAGGCUCCUAUUGUUCUAUGGCAUUAUAUAGUAAUGGCGCCGCAACCCCGUGUGUGCUUGUCGGCACAACCAGGGGGCUCUAUGCAUACCCCCUACUCUCCAAGCAAGUAUACAGCUCUCUCACAGCAGAGGCGGGACACGUAAUUGCCCACGUAGAGACAGUGUCUAGCCUUAUUAUCUACUCCCGAGAAAUAAAAGACCAGGGUAAUACAAACUCAACUCUUCCCUUCCUUUGUCCGGGGAAGAACAAUCUUAAAGCAUCUCUCAAGCUCAAGCUAGCAGAAAAGAAUAAUUUUACUCCGCAUGCACAAGAGAAUCAGUACAUGAGCUCGAGCCAGGAGCGCAAGUCUCAGCGAGGCGCCCCGGAGCCAUCCACCAAACACUAUGAAUUGGUCAUUUCCAGGUGGGAUACAGGUAACAGAUUACGGUACCUUGCCAUAAUAGACGACUGUAUAGUAUCUAAUGGACAGUUCACGGCCCAUGAGCAGGAUGGGGUCUUAAUCAUAACGGCCUUUGCCCUUAACACAGGAUCUCCUGUUAUCUAUUCGUACAGUGAGGCAGACAAGCUUAUCAAGAACUAUCCUCCCUCAUACGACACAGAGCGGCUGAUGGCAUGCUCAUUUAACUCUAUUGGAGCUACAAGCCAGAUUGUUUCCGCAAUGGACCUAAUAUAUGUCAGCUGCAAUCACUCCUUAUACGUAUGCAAUGUGUGCACAGAGAAACUCGUUCAAAUUCCCUGCGAGAAUAUACUACAGAUGACCCUGACACCAUCCAAUAACGUCUUAAUUAUGGUGAAUCGUGGCCUGUAUCUGGCCUGCUAUAAUUACAGCACAGAAUCCAUUACGAUACACAAGCUGUAUGACUUCGCAGCUUCUAUUAAGCCAAAUAGGAUUGCGAUUAACGGGCCAUUUAUUAUGUGCUGUGGAUGUCUCGUAAAGGGCAGCUCCGACGGACGUAGGGUGAACACGUGCAUUCCAGUUACCAUGUCUCUUGCUGGAUCAGACUAG